CCUUCCUGAAAGAGGAAGAUGUUGAACUACCCAGGUAAAGGUAAGUAAAGAAAGAAGAAGAUAAAAAAAUGAUGAAAAGAAAGUAAAACAAGAAAGAAGAUGAUAAAGAAAGGGAGAGAGUAAGAAGAGUGAUUUAGAUAUCAUCUUCAUCUUCAUCAUCAUUAUCAUCAAUAUUGAGCUCUCUCACUCUCUCACUCUCUCCAGCUCUCUCUCUCCUUUUCUCUCUCUUUCUCAUUCUUCUCUCUCUCAUUUGAAAUGAUAUCACUUUUUUUGUACACAAUUGAUUUGAACGUUUGAAAACAAUUUGUUUUGAUUACGAUUUUUUAAAAAGUCACACCUUGAUUAACGUUGCUCGCAAAAAUUAAUAAUCAUCAGUAUUAUUUUGUCAACAAUCAACAAUCAACCAGUAUCAACAUUCAUAACAAUUAACUAAUAGUUUCUCUCCUAUUAUUAUCAUUUAAUUUGUUAAAUCACGAACGAGAAAGAGAGUGAAAAUCAUUGAUUCAAUUCAAUUGUCAUUCUAACUGUUUAUUAUUACUGUUUGUUUUAUUGACAUCAACAUGUUAAUACCCUGAAUUAACCAGAUCCUUGAUUAAUUUACUUCAACCUCGAACUGAUUGUUUGUCUAAAUUGUUAACAAACUGAUAUUCAGUUUGAUUGUAAUGAUCCAACAUUAAACAUCAACAAAAGUUUCAUUUUUUUCAGAUCAAGUUCAAAGUCGAAAAUUAAUUUGCUUCUUCAUCAAUUAAUUGUGUUCUAAUCAACCUCUAAUAGAUUAACAGAGAUUAACUCAACAAUGCCCAUUGGAUUAGUUAAUUGAGAUGGAAAAAUGUCCAUUCAUUUAAAUCACAGUUUCCUUAAUCAUCAACAAUCAAGGAUGUUAUUGUUUCUACUAUUUGUUAACCCAACACUGAUUGGGAUCUAAAUUGUUUGCAAAUUGUGAUCAAAAAUUAAUAUCGAUUGUGUGUUAAAACCUUAGGAUUAACUUUUUUCAAAUUUUACUUCAUUUAAUUAGCUAAAUUGUUACAAUAUGUGAAAUUUUAAUACCCAAACCUUGGAUAUAAUAGAUUAAUAAUUAACUAAUUGUUCAACAACAACGACAACAAUUAACUGUUUCAACGAUUUAUAAAUCAUCAACUCAUUGGUAUCAGCGAUUGUGAUUAUUAUUAAAUUAUGUCUUCUUCAGGUCGAGUUGAUUUUUUGGGCAUCGAUAACGCGACUCUGGACUUCAGUCAACUUGAGGAUUACAUAAAUGACGAAGAGGAUCCGAAUGAAUCAAUUUUCUCUCAUGGACACAGUUACUUUAAUGAUAAUCUGGUAACUGGAGAUCUCAAGUUACCUGAUUCCCCGCAUUCAGUAAAUCACCUUAAACUGCCCACUGGUCAUUUAAACUUGGGUACUAAUAAUAUCACCGGAGGUGGCAGAUUACCUGGUGAAGCGGUUCAGCAGUCACAAGUUUCCUCAUCUCAGUCUUCAGUUGCCAAAGGUAAUAUCGCCUCGAUCGCUAGAAUCUCUAGUGUGACCACACUUACGGUCAGCGGAGGAGGAAACGGCGGUGGAAGUGUUAACUCACCCAAUUUACGUCCAUCGUCUGUACAAAUCAACCAAGGUUCAAAUUUACCGAUUGACCAGCCAGGAAGUGGUCACAAUAGUAACAAUGGUAAUGUGACCAACGGUGAAACAGAGGUCAGUCCAACGAUUCAUCAUUUGACACAAAUUCAAGCCAAUCAUCAGCACCUUCAGCAUCAUCACCAUCAACAACAACAACAACAACAACAUCCACCUCAUCUUCAUCAACAGCAACAACAGCAGCAACAGCAACCAUCACAUCACCAACAACAACAACAACAUCAUCUAUCACAUUCUCAUCCUCAUCCCCACCAUUCACACCAACAAUUACAACACCAUCAACAUCAUCAACCUCAACCUCAACAUCAACACCAUCAAAGUUUCACAUCAUUCAAUAAGCAUCCUCAUCAUUUACCUGAAAGUCCACCCGAUUCGGGUUCCGAGCCACCCUAUUCACCACCAAAUGAUGAAAACAGAAUGAACAAUUCUAAUCAAGUUAUCCUUGGGUCAACACUGACCAAUAACAAUUCCCAAUCCUCUCAUCAGAAUAGUAAUAGUAAAAUGAUUCAAUCAAAUUCAAUUGAUAAACAUUUUAAUCACUAUAAUAGUAAUACAAUUAAAUUGCUACCAAAUACCGAUAUUAACGGAUUAACAUUACCACCGAAUCAUAUUCAAUCACCUCGAAGUGGUUCAAUCAGUGGUGGUCAGUUGAAUAAUCUUCAUGGUCUCAAUGGUCAGAUACAAGGUCAUCCCGAUGAAAGUAUUUUAAAUCAUCAUCUAGGACAAUCCUUGAUAACGGGCCCAAUUAAUUUACAAUCACCGAGUAUUAUAUCAGGAUUAUCACCAUUAUCAUCAACUGGUCAGCCACAUUUGACCACAUUAUAUCCAGGCGGAGGUACAAAUGGUUCAAGAGAUUGUAUUGAAACAAUAGACAUACCUGGUCAAUCAGCACAACUUACUAAUGGUCAACAGCAGCAGCAACAAAAUGACCAUCAUCAACAGUCAACAGGAUCGAUGGGACAAAAUGGUGGUCAAAAUAAGAAACGUCGACACUCUGAAUCUCCUAAAAAUGUUGCCAAUAAUGUUCACGUUAAACAAGAGCCCGGAGGCGGAAUAUCACCUGAACCAGGUAAUCGUGGGAGUAUCGGUGGUACCGUUAUGGUUUCCAUGGAGGAGGAAUAUGGCUUUGAUUAUAAUACCAACACUGAGGGGCCACCAAGUGUUUACCUUGAUUCAGCCUAUCAGUGUAUUAGAUUUCAAAUAUUUCAACAAUCAGCUUGGCACACACUUUGUGAUGCCUCAUUAAAGGAUUUGCCUGUGCCCAAUUACCGGGUGGAUGCUGACAAAGGUUUCAACUUUAGCAAUGCCGAUGAUGCGUUUGUUUGCCAGAAGAAAAAUCAUUUCCAGGUUACCGUUCAUGUCCAACCGAUUGGUGAUCCACAGUUCGUAAAGACUCCGGACUCGGUUCGUAAGGUGGACAAUUUUUAUCUUCACUUUUAUGGGGUCAAAGUGGAAUCUCCAAGUCAAACAAUUAAAGUUGAACAAUCACAAUCAGAUAGAAGUAAAAAACCAUUCCAUCCAGUAUUAAUUGAAUUAUGUCCAGAUCAAGUGUCAAAAACUACGGUGGGUCGUCUUCAUUUCAGUGAGACAACGUCCAAUAAUAUGAGGAAAAAAGGUAAACCCAAUCCUGACCAGAGAUAUUUUUACCUGGUGGUCAGUCUUUGUGCUCAUGUUGGUGACCAAUCCUAUCCAAUUGUUAGCCAUGCAUCUGAACGUAUAAUUGUCAGAGCUUCGAAUCCAGGUCAGUUUGAGAAUGACAUGGAGCUUUCAUGGCAAAAAGGCCAAAGUCCAGAGUCAAUUUAUCAUGCAGGAAGGGUUGGUAUCAAUACUGAUCGACCCGAUGAACCUUUAGUUGUACAUGGUAACGUUAAGGUGACAGGUCACAUAGUUCAACCCUCUGACCUACGAGCGAAAACCAAUAUCGAAGAGAUUUCAACCCGUGAACAGUUACAAAAUGUUGCCAACAUUCGAGUGGUUAGAUAUCAGUUUACACCCGAAUUUGCUCAACAAGUUGGCCUUAAAGAUGAAGAUAUUAACGGAACAGGAAUUAUCGCUCAAGAGGUACAAAAGAUACUUCCGGAUGCCAUUAAAGAGACAGGUGAUGUUAUCCUACCUUCAGGUGAACGGAUUGAAAAGUUACUUGUAGUAAAUAAGGAAAGAAUCUUCAUGGAAAAUGUCGGAGCGGUUAAAGAGCUCUGUAAGGUCACCGAUAAUCUGGAGACUCGAAUUGAUGAAUUAGAACGAAUGAAUCGAAAACUUCGACGAAUCAAUCGAUUCGAUAGUAUAAAAAGUAUCCUCUCGUCAACUUCGUCGGUGACAAGUGCAAGUACCGUUACCUGUAUAUCCAACUACAGUGGUUUACCAAAUAAUAAAAGACUUGCUUGUAAAUUAACGCAUCCCUAUGAUAACAAUCAACCUCAACAAUUACAAUUUCAACAACAACAACGACGUAAAUGCUCAAAACAUACAAAUAAUAACAAUGGUAACAAUCAAGAAGACAAUCAAGUUUGUACCAAUCGUUUCAUGCAAUCAAUCAUAAUGAUAUUGGUUCUAAUCAUGGCUUUUUGUUUGGCUUCAAUUGUAACACUUUACAUCCUUGAUUAUCCUCGUCAUCAUAACAAUCAGCUUAAUCAACCUCAUCAUAAGGUUGACCAUCAAUAUCAACACAAUCCAUUUAUUUUGAACAACAAUAAUAGUCAAUCAUCUUCAUCAUCAUCAUCAUCAUCUCAGCAUCAACCAUCAUAUUCAUAUCUGUCAUCAACAUCACCAUCAACAGUUACAAUCAACAGUUAUCAUAAUAAUAACAAUAGGAAACAAUCAAUUGAUUCAUUCUCAAAGUCUAGUUUACUUCCCUCUCAUUCAGUGAUUAACUCUGAUCAGAAGAAAGUUCAACCAAUCAUUGAUACUCAACGAAGAACUGAUAACUUGAAGCCAUCUAGACCAACAUCAAUACCGAUUUUGAAACCUCGUGAACUUGGACAAAUUGUUGGUUGUCCAAGUUCAGGUCAAGAAAUGGUCACUCUGUCUUCUUGUAAUGUCCAUUGUUGUCUUGAGAAUGAUGGACAUGCAGAAUUGAAUAUUCCAGUGAUAGAUGAAGCUGAUGGCGAUUCCUCAGGAUCUUCAUCAUAUGAAACAUCAUCUCAUUCCGAUAAGAUCAACUUCCGAUCACCGAAAGAGAUUGAAACUGAAACCAAAUCGAAAGACAUUCUAAGAGAAGAAGAUGAAAACUCGAAAAAAGAGAAAAAAACAUCUUCUUCCUCUUUCAUAUCAUCCCCACCACCAUCAUCAUCAUCGUCAUCAUCAACAACAACAUCACCACCCUCACCAAAACCACAACGAUAUCCUUCAAAGGAGGAAACAUUAUCUCCCUCAGUUUCAACCCUGAUCGUUUCAAGUACACCCCUGAAUCCAAAGAGUCCAGUCACUUCAUCAAUCAAACUGACCGGUGAAAGUAACCACGUUUCCGAGGAGAUUUCAUCUCGAGCAAAUCAUGGACGAUACUUGACCAGCGACUUUGGUCCAUCCAGUAGUAUAAGCAGUGUGAACAAUAUAAUCGCUCCUGGAAUCGAGACCGGAUCUCAUAUUAAUAACCUUGCAGUUGACAAUAAUUUCAACUACUCGACCAUUGAAGUGGCCAAUUUGUCUAAUAAAACACUUGACCCAAUUGAACAGCAUCUUAAUGCAAAGGUGGAUUCAUUUUCGAGUGAUAAAUUUGUCUCAUACAACUCUCAUCAGCCACCAUCGAGCAUUUUAUACUCGAAAACGUCAACCGAGUACCGAGAGAAAAGGGAAACCCGGGAAGGUCAUAUUACCCGACAAGAUCCAAGGGACAAAUAUCAAACGGGUUCACCUGGUUCACCGGCUGAUUGGAUUGAUUCAAUUAAAUUGUUGGAGUUAAAUGCUACCAUUGGUCGUGAAUUUUGUGAUACUUGGCAGUGCGUCCAACAGGAAGGUCCACUGUUGACCUAUUUAAUUCCAAUAUCGAAGUACAUGUCACACGAAUAUGUGACGCUACAAUUCAGUCUGACCAGCGCACUCAAAGUGGACAAUUGUGAGUACAGUGAGCGACCCACCUCAUGCCCUUCACUCCCGCCGGGCUCAGUUCCUCACACUUAUCAUAGGCCGAGUGAACAUUUACCGAUUGCCGAAAGUAAUCCAAGUUUCCGAAUUCCAAUUGGACUUUAUCUUCGAAGUACCUACGUUUUUCGAGUUCUAGCCAAGGAUCGAAAUACAGAAACGCCUUGCUCAUUAUCAUCAAGUGAACUUGGAUCAUCUUACCUUGAGAUUAGGCUUAAAUUCAAUCGUCUAUGUGAAGCUUAGAUGAUUAACUUUUUUUUCUCGUUAAUUAACUAACUUUUUUUUCGUCCAAACAAUUAGUCUCAUUUGAUUUGUUAAUACUCAACUGAUUAGAUUCAUCAUCAUCAUCAUCACUUUGGACAAUCAAUUCAUUAAUUGUACAUUGUAUUCAUUUCAAUUUGAAACCUUAUUUUUUUUAUUCACUUGCUAAACAAUUUACAUAAUUGUAAUUAACUAAUUCAAUUGAAAAGCUAUUCUGAGCUACCAAUAUCAAAAUCAACAAUUAACAUGAACCACCAAAGUUAUUCAAUGAAAUGAAUUAACUUUGAGUUUGAGUUUUUGUUUAAUUGUCACAAUUAACUUUUUUUGACAUCACCAUCAUCGCAAUCAUUAUCAUCAUUAAAUUUAACUCAGUAUUAAUCACUCAAAUUUUAAUUAAAUCAUAUUAUAAAUAUAUAAUUAAUUUGGUUACACAAAUUGUAAUUAAAAUGUAAAAGUUUAAUUUCAUCAAAAUGUAUCAACUUAAUUGUUUUUUUUGUUUAAUUUAAACAUUUGCCUCUUGUAAUCACAAUUUCAUUUAAUUGUCAUCUAAUUUUGCUGUUGCUAAUCACUGCUAAUUAUUGAUUUAGCAAUUGAUUUUUGUUUCUAU